AUGGCCAACAAGAGGAAGGUGAUCGUCACAGGUUUUGAACCGUUUGGAGAACACAAGGUCAACUCCAGCUGGGCGGCAGUUCAGGAGCUGGAGCGCCUGGGUCUCGGGGACCACAUAGAGCUGGUUGUGUGUGAAGUCCCGGUGGAGUACCAGGCCGUGCAGACGCUGCUGCCGGCGCUGUGGGAGGAGCAUCAGCCGCAGCUGGUGGUCCACGUGGGGGUCUCUGGACUCGCUAAAGCCGUGACUCUGGAGCAGUGUGGUCAUAACAAAGGCUACAGGCGGCUGGACAACUGCUUCUUCUCCCCAGAGUCCGAGUGCUGCAUCGAGGACGGCCCAGAAUGCAUCAGCUCCGUCCUGGACAUGGGCUCGGUCUGCUCCCGGCUCAGAAAGGAAGGUGUCUGCAGCAAAGUCACCGUGUCCAAGGACGCCGGGAGAUAUCUGUGCGACUACACCUACUACACGUCUCUGUUUGUGGGGAACGGACGCGCCGCCUUCGUCCAUGUUCCUCCGCUUGGGAAACCUUUCAGCAGCGAGGAGCUGGGCCGCGCUCUGCAGGCCGUCGUCACCGAGAUGCUGCUGCAGCUGGAGGGAGGCGCCACUGAGGCUCUCUGCAACCACAGGGGGCGCCACUGA